GGGCGGGGGCGCGCGGCGAUCGAUCCAGUGUGUGGCAGAGCCGAGCCAGCCUAGAGCCAGCCUGGCCCAGCCCCGCAAGGCAGGCAGGCUGCACCGCCACUCACUGCCCGCCCAGCCACUGGCCAGCGCCCCCGUCCGCCAUGUCGCCCGCCUGCUCGAGUCCCGAAAUUCGCUUGUGACCGUCCGCCGUGUGGCCGUCGCGAAACCUGCCGCAGGUUCGUCGCGUCCCGUGUCCGCGUCGCCGCGUCGCGCGCGCGUCCGUCCGCCCCGUCGCCGUGUUCGUGAACGCGUGUCGCCGUGGUUCUGGCCGCCGUGGGCCGAGGUGCGGGGCAGGGCGGGUAGGGCAGGCAGUGGCAGGCCAGGCGGGACAUGGUUCCCCGGCUCCCAACGGUCAUCAUCCUCGUCCUCGCCCUCCUCACUCCCCCCGUCCUCCCCAACAAGUACAAUGCCGAGGCGGCGGACCAGGAGUCCAUCCGCAACCUGGUAGUGAAAACGUGGGCAGACAAACUAGGGGGUGAAUUAUGGAACUUUGGAGAACAUGUCACGAGAAGGCAGGAGGUGCAGGAGAGCUACAAGACCGCCACGGUCGAGCCGCGAAAGGGGGCCGAGCUACUAGAGGAUAUCGCCAAAGACAUCGAAAACAUGAUGCUCAACAAGAUCAGUGCAGUGAAGCGCAUCAUGGACGCCGCCCAGAACAUGGCCAUGUCGGCGCCCGAGGAGUUCACGGGUGACUACACGUACGUGAACGCCAAGCAGCUGGUGAACCCCGGCUCGGCCGAGGCCUUCCCGACCAACGGCUAUGCGUACUCGAACGGCAACGGCAACGGCGAGACCAUCACGCCGGCCAUGUCGGACAAGCCGCAGGAGAUGGUGCUCACGGCCAACAAGCACUUCUUCAACAUCCCCGUCAACACGUCCUACAGCGCAGUCCACGUCCCCACCAACGUGUACGACGGAGCCCCGGAGGUGAUGCGGGCCAUCAAGUGGUCGCAGGACCUGGACCGCAUCUUCAUCCACAACUACCGCGCCGACCCGUUCCUGUCCUGGCAGUACUUCGGCAGCUCCUCGGGUUUCAUGCGCCAGUUCCCGGCUAUGCAGUGGAAGCAGGAGCCGGUCGACCUGUACGACUGCCGGACGCGCUCCUGGUACAUCGAGGCCGCGGCCAGCCCCAAGGACGUCCUCAUCCUGGUGGACAACUCGGGCUCCAUGACGGGCAUGCGCAGGGAGAUCGCCCGCCACGUCGUCAACAACAUCCUCGACACGCUGGGCAACAACGACUUCGUCAACAUCCUGACGUUCGCCGACGACGUCGCGGAGGUCGUCCCCUGCUUCAAGGAGACCCUCGUCCAGGCCAACUUAGCAAACAUCAGGGAGCUGAAAGUCGCUAUGGAGGACAUGGAGACCAACUCCAUCGCCAACUUCUCCCUGGCGCUGACGCGGGCCUUCGACAUCCUGCAAUUGUACCGCGGCGCCAGGCUGGGCGCGUGCUGCAACCAGGCCAUCAUGCUCAUCACCGACGGCGUGCCCUACAACUUCAAGGAGAUCUUCGAGGAGUACAACUGGCGGUCGCUGCAGCCCGAGGGCUUCAUGCCGGUGCGCGUGUUCACGUACCUGAUCGGGCGCGAGGUCGCCGACGUCCGGGAGGUCAAGUGGAUGGCCUGCGCCAACAAAGGUUACUACGUGCACCUGAGCACGCUGGCCGAGGUUCGCGAGCAGGUCCUGCACUAUGUGCCGGUGAUGGCGCGCCCGCUCGUCCUGGGCCGCGUCGACCACCCCAUCAUCUGGACGCCCGUGUAUGCCGACGUCACC